AUGAGUAUCUUGGCAUGGGUGACUCAGAUCCUACAAGUUGAUUCAUCUUUGCGAAGGCAUGAGGCCUUGAGGCUGGAUGUCCAUAGUUGUGACAUAGUGAUCUGGUGUGGAGUGAAUGUGGUGGAAGAGAUUGUUCUUAGAGACUGGAGUUAA